AUGGCAGACCGCCACAUGCCCAGUAUCUUCCCUGAGUGUGAUCAACUGAAACAGGUUUACGAUAAAUGCUUUACCAGUUUUUUUCAAAAGUUUAUCAGCCCGGAAUAUUCACAUUUGUCGAACACAAAUCCUUGUGAGCAACUGCAUGAAAGUUACAGGAAGUGUGUUGAGCAGCAUCUUGAAAAGAAUAAAUUGUACGAUAUUGAUCUGGAAGAGUUACGUAAGGAAGUUUUAAACACAGAACACGACCGCCUAAAGGCGCAACAGGAAAAGCGUAUGGAUAUUAGUGGUAGUAGCGGUCCUGGAGUUCCAAUAAUACAGGAUUCUGACGCGGAGUCGCGCUUUAACCAGCUGGAACAAACUUUGGAGAACUUUCAGGAAAACGCUAGACAGAUGGGUGUUAUAGCAAGUGAUUUUACAACACGAAGUCAGGAUCCGUUAAAUCAGCGAAUUCAUACUCUUACUUCUGGACUUCAUGAGCUGGAUAGAUUGAAGAAUCAGUUUAUGGACGUAAAUAUUCCAUUAGAGCUUUUGAAGUAUCUGGAUGAUGGCAAAAACCCUCAAUUAUAUACAAAGGAAUGUCUGGAAAGAACACUUGCGAAAAAUAAAGAGGUUAACGGUAAGAUUGAAUGCUAUAAGAAAUUCAGAACGUUGCUUUUAAAAGAGCUCGGCGAAGAAAUGCCGAACGAUGCUGUGAUGUAUCGGAGCUUGAGAGAUAGGACGGGUAACUCACCAGCUCGAGAUGUAGAUACGAGCUUGAGUGGUUGA